CAACUACGCCCCCCGGCGGCCUGUUAUUGCUCACUGCUCAGCCUCAUAGACCAUCCCCGUGCUGUGCUAAGCGACACACGCAUAUACGGCCUCUUCCGGGACUACAUCUCCCAGCUUCCUCUGCGCGGCCCCAGCUGAGCUGUGUUACAGGGCCCUGGGACUGAGUCCUGGCGGGCAGCACGGAAACCGACGUUGGGCCACUGGAGCUGCAGGGGUCAGGGGCAGCGACGCUACUGGGAACGAUAAUGGAUGUGGCUGUGCGAGCUCUAUAACGGGGGAGCGUGCAGGUCAUGGAGUGAGUGUCAUCUGAGUACGCACUCACCCCGGGAACACCUCGUACCUGUUACCGGUAGGAGAGCGGCAUGGACUAUCACCAGCUGCCGGCUCCCGUGUCCUCCUGUGGGUCAGGCAGCCUGACUGAGCCUCCGCACAUGGAUUUGGAGCCCCAGGCUGGAGCUGGAGUGUUAGAAGAGAGCUGUUCGGGUGCCAUGGAGUUAGCGGGGAGAACGCCCCCUCGUGUUGACAGCUGCCCAGAUAUGGACACCAGACCCCCGCUCACUCCGGAGCUGAUGCCGGGCAUAGAUAUGGGGGCGCAGGACGGAGGCACCUUCCACAUGCAGGAGCUGCUGAGUGAGCUGCCGCACUGUGACUGCCCGUCCGCGGGAGAAGCGGCCCCCGGCUCCUCCAGUGCCAGCAGCUGCCAGACUGAGAGUCAUCACGGGGACCGCAGUGAGUGCCAGCCCUGUCUCCUACACAUUGCCAUGGGCAAAGGCCUGGCACACACACAGCGGCGACUGAUAUCAGACUCUGCCACCGUGGGCUCCGGCAGCCGCGGACUACUGAUGGCAGACACGGAAACCGAGGACAUGGCCACCCUCUUCCAGUGUGAGGAGGGCAGUGCCGGCGAGGGCAGCACGCCGCUGGCUAGGUUGGAGACUGUGCCCCGUGGCGAACAGCCGACGGACGCCGCUGAGACGGUGAGGUGGGGGGAGGAGGAGGGAGAUGAGUCUCCGUCUUCUGAGAUCAGCCGGGAGGACUCGCUUUGUAGCUUGGCGGAAGCAUCGGAGUCCCGGCCCCCGCCGGAGAGUGACCUGGCGACUCUGGAGCUGUCCCAACAUUAUCCAGCAUUGGCAAAAGUACCUGGGCCUUGUGAACCAGAGGAUUUGCUGGAUGGGGUAGUUUUUGGGGCCAAAUACCUGGGAUCUACACAACUGCAAUGUGAGAGGCACCAGAUGCCCAGUACACGCAUGCGACAGGCACAAGAGGCAGUGGAUAGGGUGAAGGCACCAGAUGGGGAAUCUCAGCCUAUGACAGAGGUGGAUGUUAUGAUUUCAACACAAUGCGUGAAAGUGCUGACUGCAGAUACCCAGGAGGCCCUUAUGGAUCACCCAUUGCAGACCAUAUCAUAUACAGCUGAUAUAGGCAGUAUUGUAGUAAUCAUGGCACGGAGGAAAUCACCCCGCAGCGUGGAUCAGACGUCUUCUCAAAAGAGGCAGCAUAGGAUGCUGUGCCAUGUCUUCCAGUCAGCUGAUGCUCAACUCAUUGCGCAGGCCAUUGGUCAAGCUUUUGCCAUGGCAUACCGGAAUUUCCUCCUCUCUGAAGGUGUGCCGCCUGAGCGAUUAGAGAGUACGCACGUGAUGGAACAUCUGUACAAUGCAGACCUCGCUCACUUCAGCAAGAAAGACAACUGCAGGGAGGUUUAUAUCCAGAAGCAGCGAGGAGAAGUGCUAGGUGUGGCUGUUGUGGAGUCAGGUUGGGGUUCCUUACUUCCUACUGUAGUCAUUGCCAACUUAAUGCAUAGAGGCCCAGCAGAGCGCAGUGGAGAGCUGAGCAUUGGAGAUCAUGUGACUAGUGUCAAUGGCACAAGCCUGGUGGGAUUGCCCUUUUCUACGUGCCAGGGGCUAAUCCGGGAGCUAAAAGGUCAGUCCCGAGUGAUUCUAAGCAUUGUGCGAUGCCCUCCAGUUGUCACAGCUAUUAUUCAGAGGCCUGACACUACAUACCAGCUAGGCUUUUGUGUGGAGGAUGGAGUGAUUUCUAGCCUUGUGCGUGGCGGUAUUGCCGAACGGGGAGGUAUCAGAGUGGGACAUCGAAUUAUUGAAAUAAAUGGACAAAGUGUGGUGGCCACAGCACAUGAAAAAAUCAUUCAGACCCUAUUAGAUGCCACAGGGGAGGUCUACAUAAAAACCAUGCCAGCAUCUACCUACAGACUGCUCACUGGACAAGAGACACCAAUAUAUCUCUGAUGAAUGCUUCACUUUGUAUCAUCUUUACAGACUUUACCUGUCCAACUUAUCAUGUUCAGUUAUUUCUUUUCAUUGAGAGGAUUUUCAUAUGUUUAGGGCAUAGAGCUACCAUAUUUAGCGCCUACUUUGUGCCUAUGCAUUUUCAAGAUGACUGUUUACCAAGUAGUAUUACAAUUAAAAUAUGUUCCAGGCAAUUUUUAGAUUGUAAUUCAGGUUGUUUUGCUGUCAUUUCUAAUGGUUCCAGUAUUAACAGAAGUUUGAAUAUCCCCUGUGCUGGAAGGAGCUUAGGGGUCUAUUUACUAAGCCUUGGAGAAGGAGAAAGCGGAUGGAGUCCUAACCAAUCAGCUCCUAACCGUCAUUUUUCAAACCCAGCCUGUAACAUGGCAGUUAGGAGCCAAUUAGCUGGUACUUUAUCUCCAUCCACUUUUUCUCAAUCCAAAACUUAGGGGUAUUUUUACUAAUGCUUGGAUGGAGAUAAAGUACCAGCCAAUCGCUCAGAACGGCCAUGCCAUAGGCUGUGUUUGAAAAAUGACAGUUAGGAGCCGAUUGGCUGGGACUUUAUCUCCAGCGACUUUCUCCAUCCAAGGCUUCGUAAAUAGACCCCUAAGUUUUGGAUUGAGAUAAAGUGGACAGAGAUAAAGUACCAGCCAAUCAGCUCCUAACUGCCAUGUCACAGGCUGUUUGAAAGAUGACUGUUAGAAGUUGGUUGGUACUUUAUCUCCGUCCAUUUUACCUCCAUCCAAGACUUAGUAAAUAGACUCCUUAGUCACUGUAACAUCGUCAUUUGCCAGCUUCCUGCACAUUUGCUCUUAUAUGAUUACAUGAAGUGUCACAGGAACUUCUGCCUACACCAGCAGCUCAAUAAAAUAUUGUCUCCAGCAUUUAUUAAGAGGGUGGAGCUGUGUCAACAACAGUUUGUCAUCCUGACUGUACAUUGCAUUUAGCUUUUUACUCCUGAUGUGUUAAUAAUAAUCAGUUUGCCACAAGUUGCAGCAGCGUGUACACUGUUUUUAGCAUGUGCCAAUACAAAAUGCUACUGGCAGCACAAUUGUAGAUGUAGGACUUUUUCCAUAUAAGAAAGAGGGAAGGUAUUGUGAUGUACACCAUGCUCUGGGUGUUAAAAAUCUUUUGUGUAGCAUAUUGUGUGAGAUCACAAAUUAAAUCUUCUUUAGGAACAUGUUAGGAAUAGAGUUUUAAUAUGUGCUUUUGGUGCACAACACAUUUUAUUGUUUGAGGUGCUUUAUCUAUGGAAUUUUGUAAAAAUAAAUGUCCUCACGUGGUGUACAGUAGAGAUACCUAUGAAUGUGCCUUGGUUUUUCAGUAAUAUAUUUUUUAUAUAUACCACUGGAAAUCAGUAACUUGUAAAUGUUUUCCUACAAUUUAAAUACCUGAUGCAUCCAAAGUUUUGAGAAAUAGGUUUUUGAAACAAAUUUUCUACUCUUGCGUAAGGGAACCAUGUGUGCACUACUAUGGACUGAGCAAACUUUUUUUCACUGGUUUUCAGUUUCAUAAUAGUAUCAGCCUUAAUCAAGGGAAAAGUGCAAUAAGGCAGUAGAACUGUAUAUGGCAAUCAGGGCCCUUUCUGCAUUUUAUGACUCCUUUCUAAUACAGGUUAAUAGUGGCAACAUAUGAUAUUUUACUGUUAAUAAAAGUAAUAUGUUAACUUC